UGUCUAACAAUUUUCAAACGUUCAUGUGGCGGACAUGUGACAUUCCACGUCAAUUACAAAUUGAAACUGACAUUCGACAAAUCACAAUACAAAAAGGCAAAAACAGGAUUCCAGGAAAUUUAAAAGAAAUGUUAAGAUGACAUUUGAAGACUUCAAAACAUUGACACAUAUAUCCCCAGCACUUACCAAUGAGAAACUGAGGAAAGCUCUCUCUGAAUGGUUCAAAGAAGAUGUAACAUUUACACAUUGGGAGUAUGUCAGUGAUACAGGCAAAGGGGAUUCAUAUUUGAGCGAAGUUAUACGAAUAAAAAUACACGGUUCAACACAAGAAGGCAGCACAAAACAUAUACAAGUAGUACUAAAGACAAUACCUAAAAAUGUCUGUAGACGUUUAACAUUUAGAAGCCAUGAAUUCUUCAAAAACGAAAUCAUAGUCUACGAGAAAGUAUUACCAGCUUUACUCAAAUUUCAAUCGAAUAAAAAUAUGAAAGAACCGUUUGAUAAAUGCGCAAAGCUAUUUCUAACACAUUGUGAUGGUGUAAAUGAUGUUAUAUGCUUAGAGGAUGCGUCAUUAGAAAACUAUGGAAGUGCUAUACGUCAAGAAGGUAUCGAUUUCGAUCAUUGUUCGGUGACUGUGAAAAGUCUAGCACAAUACCACGCAAUAUCUCUCGCUAUGAGAGACCAAGAGCCUGAAGAAUUUAAUAGAAUAAGUAAUGAAAUCUUUGAAACAUACUAUGAUGAACGAUUAUGGAAUUGGUACAGUCGUUUCUGGCAUCGAAUCAGUAAAAUAGCUAUUGAUGCGGUUGAAAAAGAAUAUCCAAAUACAAUUUAUGUUGAAAAAAUAAAACAAUUUGCUGUACCCGAGCGUUAUAAAGACAUGAUUAGAGCUGUAUCAGACAAAACUAACGGUGUUAUAUCACAUGGUGAUUCUUGGACGAAUAAUUUCUUAUAUAAAUAUAAAAAUAAUCGUCCGAUAGAUGCUAAGAUAAUAGAUUUUCAAUUAACUCGUUGUGCGAGCCCUGUUUUGGAUUUGGUUUUCUUGAUAUACGCUUGCACGAGUCAGGAAUUAAGAGUGAAACAUUACGAUGAUUUACUGAAGUAUUAUUACAAUGUAUUGGCAACACAGGUUAAGGAUAUGGGAAGUGAUCCAGACAAAAUUUACUCUUAUGACGUUUUCAUGGCAGAGAUAAAGGAGUAUUCAUAUUUUGGACUUGCAUUCAGUUUUGAAUCAACACCAUUUAUAGUUUUAGCACCUGAAGAUGCUGUCAAUAUGGAAAUGAAGGGUGAUGAAAAACUCAACAUAGAUGACUUUUGGCAAAUAGGACCAUUUAAAACUAAAGAGGGUAGACUAAGAGAGGCUAAUAAUGUUGUACACUGUGUGGAUAAUGGAUAUAUAUAAUAAUAAGGAGCCCAUCGUUUUUUCGAUGAUUUCGCCAACGUCAAGGUUGAAGAUAAAAAUGGAAGUGUAAAGUGUAUGUGAUCUAAAUAUUAAAUAGCAAAAGACAAUCAAGGUAAAGGGGUCGGGUAUGCUCUGAGCUCUGACAAAUGUCCGGUAACUGAUGAUGUCAAUACUUCUUCUUCUUCUUUUAAUUAGUAGUGGACUCCAUCGUAAUUUCGAUGAUUUUGCCAACGUCAAGGUUGAAGAUAAUUGACAAUGAAAGAUGUAAAUAAAUAAGAAAGAAACAAAAAAAAAACUGCAAUAGCUAAUGGCAGUCCAGAAAUACGAAUUCCAGUAUGCAAAAGGUGGCAAGAUUUGACGCAUGUCAUAACUGUCAAACUAAAUGU